AUGGUGCAAACGGCGAAAAUUCACGUCGAAGUGCUCUCACUCUCACCGACAACUCACCGAGGCAGCACUAGCACCGGAACAACGACGUCAUCCGCCGUGGUUUUCCAGGAAACUACUCCUACUGACGUAUUCCAGAGAAGUACUUCAUCAUUCACGACAACUACAACGCAUGAAACUACCAAGGGCAUCGAGAUGAUUAACACAAUCGCUUCUGCGGUGUCGACAGAAAACAGCGUAGCUCACCAAACGGCUUUUUCGAAUUCACUAUCAUUCACUGAGCUAUCUGCCGGGCAGUUAUUAGCUCAAGCCUCCGAAGCAUCAGACAAAGAAAGGCUGGGAUCAAAUUCUUCUCACGAUUUCGUCUCUCUUCCUCGCCAACCAAUCCUUGAGUCUCAUUUUAAGAGUUCGCUUUCACCAAACCUUGCGGACGGGUUACGAACAACGCAGACCACACCUUUUAAAGAGCUGGAGCUUAUUUUCGAAGGUGUUGAAAAUAACACGCUUGAAAUCGAGAAGCUGUUGAGCAAGGGCGACCUCCUACACGGGCUCGCACUUUCUGUGUUGUCCGACUCAGAAGGAAAACGAUCCCCAGUAAACCUGUCGCUCGACCGCUCAGACCUUUUCGAUAUCAGACCGAAGCUACUUUAUCCAGGAAGCAAGGCUUACUUAUUUGCGAAGGGUCGUCCUCUCGAUGCUUCAACGAUCCCUAUCAAGAUCACUGCUAUAGCACCUGGAUCCACUUCUACAAGAGAAUUAGCUUUUAUUAGUGUUUCGAGAGGACAGAAUUUCACUGAGAAUGUUGAGAGAGAGGACAUGAGCUCAGUCAUUGAGUACGAUCUGUUUAUCCCUGAGAAUGCUGAAUCAGGAUCUAUAGUAGGACAAAUAGAAGACGGAGAGUCGAAAAGAGUGGUUGGGCCGCCUGGACUAUUCUCCCUUCUUGGAUCGGAUCUGAUUCUCUCUUGUCCAGAUGAAGGCAGCUGUCUCGACUUUGAGCAACAGCCAACCCACUACGUACUACUCGUUGAUGCACAAGGGAAGAGGUCUUCAACAGCGUAUGUGAAGAUCAACGUACUAGACGUCAACGACAAUCGACCCCGUCUCCAAACUUCCGAUCAUUACAUCCGACUUUCCCAUAAUAGGCUUGUCAUGCCAUUCAUCGUACAGGUGCGAUUCUACUGGAUAUUCGCUUGUGAUUCCUAG